UGCUCAGUAAUCUUGUCCAAAACCGUUGAAACAUUUAUUUUGAAACCGGAAAUUCUUAGUGGCUCUUACCGGAGUGAUACUUGCAUCUGACGUGCACACACGUGGAUAAUGGAGCUCAGCAAAACAGGGAUUUAAUACAAACGUGUUAACCAGCUGUCUGCAUCUUCCAGAACCACAGAAACCGAGAUGAAGGGGAAAGAGAAGCAGCGUCGGGAGCCGGCAGUCUCAAAGAAGAAGAAUAUGGCGGCGAGCAGCAGUGAUGAUGAAGACUCCGACGUGGAGAGGAACUUCGCUCUUCUCACUGAGAGAGGAGGAGCAGAGGAGGGAGAGCCGUACCUCGGAGGAGAGGAAGAAUUCAGUGAUGAAGACGAAGAAGGGUCUGAUGGUGGUACCAAAGAACAGGAAGGCGAGGAGGGAUCAGAGGCUGGUGAAGAAGAGGGGGCGGUUGAGGAGGAUGAAGAGGAGGACGGUGACAGUGAAGCCUCUGAGGAGGAUGAUGAAGAUCCAGAGGAGGCUGGUGGAAGCAGUGAGAUCCAGACAAGAGACGACGUUAAGAAAGAACUCUCCAACAUGUCCUUCGAGGACAUCAUGAAGCUUCAGAACAAAGUGGGAACCAAAGUGUACAACGAGAUCGCGUACGGCAGCAACAGGAGUCAGGGGUCGAGCAAAAAGAAACGCCUGAACAAGAACAGGCCGAUGGAGAUUUCAGCCAAGAGACGGGCUCCGUUCCUCCGUCAGGUCGUCUCCGUCAAGAAACCAACGUUGAGAGAUCCUCGAUUUGACGACCUGUCUGGAGAAUACAAACCGGAGAUUUUUGAGAUGACGUAUAAAUUCAUUAACGACAUCAAACACAGAGAGAAGGAGAUUGUCCAGAAGCAGCUGAAGAAGACUAAGACGAACAACAACAACAACAUCCAGAGGAAGGAGAAACUACAGUUCCUCUUGAAGAGGAUGGAGAACCAGGAGCGAGCGAGGAAGAGCCGAGAGGAGGAGCGAGAGAGAGAGCUGCAGUUCAAGAGGCAGCAGAGAGAGAGAGCCACUCAGGGCGACCGGCCCUUCUUCCUCAAGAACUCUGACAAGAAGAAGCUGCAGCUGGCUGAAAAAUACCAGGAGCUUAAGAAGAGCGGCAAACUGGAGAACUUCCUGAGCAAGAAGAGGAAGAGGAACGCUGGGAAGGACCGCAGGAAGCUGCCCAGACAGCUGCAGAACUAGAACUUUCAGUGACACAAAAACACCUGAAGAAGAACCUGCGGAGAGAUAAAAGGACCGUCAUGAAGCGUCUCCGCCCGCCGGUGGAGCUGCCAUUGUUCUUGAUGUUGGAUGAAGCUUCAUCUCUGGUGUCAGAGACUUUUCUCUCACGGUCUUCAUAAGUGGGAGGUGUUUGCUCAGUUGCGUAACUGUAAAGUGUGGAACUCGGGUUGUUUUUGCAAACAAAUACUGAAGUUUCAGUUGUUGGAGAGUCCCUGAAUGCACCACGAGUGAGACGUUCAGUCUCUGAGAUGCAGUUAGAAGAAAAUGUAACUUUGAUCAAGUAACAGAAAUUUGACUGAGAUGAAGGAACAAACUGUACUGAUGGUUGUUUCCCUGCAGAUACGUUACGGUCGGGUUGGUUGGGUCAUGAAUGACAUCUGCUACUCUUUUAUUUUUAAUAAAUCUUUAAAUGUA